AGGCAUUAAAGGGAAAAUCAAUCUGACUCUGACUGGAGCAGCAGAUCUGCGGGUCAAAUGGCGAAACCAUAUGAGUUCAACUGGCAGCGGCCUGUUCCUCAUUUCAUGCUGGAAGGAGCAUAUUUUGACAGAUUUGAUGAGGAUCCGCUUGUCUUUGAAUCAAACUGUUUUUUCAAAGUGGAUGCUUUUGGAUUCUUCCUGACGUGGAAAAGUGAGGGAAAGGAGGGUCAAGUUUUAGAGUUUUCCCUUAUUAACAGCAUACGAGAUACCAGUGUGCCAAAGGACCCAAAGAUCCUCUCGGCGUUGGAGGCCGCGGGAAAAUGUGAGAGUAACCUGGAGGACAGAAUCAUCUGCAUAUGCAGCGGCACAGACCUCGUUAACCUGAGCUUCAUGUGCAUGGUCACGCAAAACAGCAGCACUGCUAAGCAAUGGAUGGACGGCUUGCGGUCAUUGAUUCAGAACUCUCGAGCGAAUAACGUGUGUCCGAUGACCUGCCUGAGAAAACAUUGGAUGCGGUUGUCAUUUUUGACCAAUGUGAAUGGAAAAAUACCCGUCAGGAGCUUCCCGUUCUUCGACUCUAAAUGUGCUUUCCAAAUCAUACAGAGAUAUGAACCUGAUGACAAACUGAAGAGGAGAGGUCUGAUGUCAUGUGACGGGUUCUGCCGGUAUCUGAUGUCUGAUGAAAACGCUCCUGUGUUUCUGGACCGCCUGGAGGUUUAUCAGGAGAUGGAUCAUCCGCUGUCUCACUACUUCAUCAACUCGUCUCACAACACGUACCUGACCGGCAGACAGUUUGGAGGGAAGUCAUCAGUGGAGAUGUACAGACAGGUGCUGCUGACCGGCUGCAGGUGCGUGCAGAUAAGAUUAAAACCUGAAGUUGAAAAAAAACAGCUGGAGCACUUCAGGAAGCACAUGGAGGCCGGAGAGCCGAGCAUCUCCACAAACAUGUCUGAAGAUGAGAAUGAGGAGGAGACAUCCACCGCAGAGCUGCUGAACGAAGCUCAUCCCGAGCGGAUUCACGGAUGUCUGAUCACUGAGGAAGAGAAUCGUGAGGAAGAGGCGCUCCGACCCAGAAAGGCUGGUGAAACGAAUGUGGCUGAUGAACAAGCACUGAUUCAGUCGUACACGUAUGUGGCGGCCACUACUAACAUCCACCCGUAUCUGUCCAAUAUCGUCAACUACGCCCAGGCCGUCAAGUUCACCAGCUUUGAUGAAGCCGAAGAAAAAAAUAUCCACCCCAACAUGUCUUCCUUCAACGAGUCUGUCGGUUUGGGAUAUUUAAGGACAAACGCCAUUGAAUUCGUGAACUACAACAAACGGCAGAUGAGUCGCAUCUACCCCAAAGGAGGCCGAGUGGACUCCAGUAAUUAUAUGCCACAGAUCUUCUGGAACGCCGGCUGCCAGAUGGUAGCACUGAACUUCCAGACCCCAGGUGAUGCUGGUGAAACGAAUGUGGCUGAUGAACAAGCACUGAUUCAGUCGUACACGUAUGUGGCGGCCACUACUAACAUCCACCCGUAUCUGUCCAAUAUCGUCAACUACGCCCAGGCCGUCAAGUUCACCAGCUUUGAUGAAGCCGAAGAAAAAAAUAUCCACCCCAACAUGUCUUCCUUCAACGAGUCUGUCGGUUUGGGAUAUUUAAGGACAAACGCCAUUGAAUUCUGUGAAGCAGUAGACCUGCAGCAUGAGGAUGCCUUCCAGGAUAAAGCGGAGUUUAAAGUGUGCAGAACUCCCCUAAACCUUUCCGUUUUAGUUUCCUUGAAUGAGAUGUGCAGCUACAACAAACGGCAGAUGAGUCGCAUCUACCCCAAAGGAGGCCGAGUGGACUCCAGUAAUUAUAUGCCACAGAUCUUCUGGAACGCCGAUGGUAGCAUGGUAGCACUGAACUUCCAGACCCCAGCUCUGGACUCUCCCAGGUUUCUGCUGAAGCCUGAUUUCAUGCGGCGGCCCGAUCGCAUGUUCGACCCGUUCUCAGAGACGCCGGUGGACGGAGUGAUCGCCGCCACAUGCAGCGUCCAGGUGAUUUCAGGCCAGUUUCUGUCGGAUAAGAAGAUCGGCACGUACGUGGAGGUGGACAUGUACGGCCUGCCCACGGACACCAUCCGUAAAGAGUUUCGCACGAGGAUGGUGAUGAACAACGGCCUGAAUCCCGUCUACAGCGGAGAAGCCUUCGUCUUCAGGAAGGUGAUCCUCCCAGACCUGGCUGUGCUGCGCGUGGCCGUGUACGACGACAGCAAUAAGCUGAUAGGACAGCGCAUUCUCCCGCUGGACGGACUGCAGUCGGGUUACAGGCACAUCUCCCUACGAAACGAGUACAACAAGCCUCUGUCUCUGGCCACCGUCUUCUGCAGCAUCAUCCUCAAGACAUACGUGCCCGACGGCUUCGGAGCGAUUGCAGAUGCCCUGUCUGAUCCCAAGAAGUUCUUAUCGGUCUGUGAGAAGAGAACCGACCAAAUGAGAGCCAUGGGCAUUGAAAUGUCAGAUAUCGCUGAUGUGCCGAAUGAUGGCUGGAUGGGAAACAGGAGGGCGAUGCUGCAGCAGAAAGACUCAGAGAGACUGAGAGCAGCGCCGGGACAGAACCCACUCAUCUGCUGCAAAGAGGAUACAUCAGUGCUCGCACCUCAGCUGACCAUCGAUGACCUAAAGCAAACCAAGACCUACUUGAAGCUCGUCAAGAAGCAGCAGAAGGACGUGAGCGCUUUGAAGAAAAAGCAGGCGAAGGCCCACGUCGCACUGCAGAGCUCCCACUGCACUCAAGUGGACAGGACUGUCGCUCAACAUGAUAAAGAGAAACAAGCGCUGGAGAAGCAGCUCGAGAAAAGCAUCAGGAAAGUGAGACAGAAUAAAGAGAUGCGAACCAACCAAGCGAAGACCUCGAUGGAGAGCAGCAAAGCCAUCAGUCAAGACAAAAGCAUAAAGAACAAGGCUGAGAGGGAACGGAGAGUUCGAGAGCUUAACAGCACGAACACAAGGAAGUUUCUUACUGAAAGAAAGAGGCUCGCCAUGAAACAGUCCAAGGAGAGCGAGCAACUCCAGGCAGCUCAGCGGGAACAACUGGAGAGGCUGGAGAAACACAAUGAGGAGCUGUUGAACUCGUGCUAUGCAAAAUCACAAUGCCAAGUACAGUCCAUCACGGCUGUGAAUUACUGCUCCUCCUCCACACCUUCACAGACUACUGAUCAGACAGACGCGGGCCGAGCAAGCCGAGUCCUUCCUCACGGGUUCUCUGUUUAUUUUGCCCGUCAGGAAGCUUGCAAUCAUCUGGAGAUGUCAAUGCGUCACAAAAGUUAA